AUGCGCUCGCAGAGGCCGCCUUACCAGGCGCCGCCGGCAGCAGCAGCAAACGCGAGGGAUGGCUAUGCUGCCGAUCGGACUAUGCUCCCGGGCGCUGCUGCACCAUCCGGAUUGCACAGUGAGGACUGCAGCUGCCCUGCGUGCGAAACGCAUCGGACCUUCCACGCGCUUCUGCGAGGGUCGGAUCCUCCCAAGCAUGCAGGGCCCGGGAGACCACUACGGCGGCGACCAGCACCAGAGUGGGAUGCAAGCGAGGGGCCGCCGUUGAAUGACGAGCCCAAACCGCCACUGCGUCUGAUGAAGUGGCAGGCUGGUCGGGACGCCAGCGAGGAGCGCCGGCCACGACCCGGUCCAAGGGCUCGCCCUGCCCGCGCUGAGCCGAAGGAGUGGAACUCGGACGUGGACAUGCCCUUGAGUCGGGAUGCUCCGGAAGCUGUGGAGGAGCUGGACAGGACCGCGCCCUCGCGCCGCAUUGCUGCACGCGCUGCGUCUGCGGACCGGCCAGACUCGAAUCCGCCGAGCCAAGGCUUCUCCGUGGAGCCGCGAGCCCGGGGGGCCAGUGCUCCCCGCCGCCCGAAGGCCAAGCCGGCACCAGAGCCUCGGCCUCCGUCGACCAACUCCAGGCCUCCCUCCGGAGCCUCGGAGGGCUCUGGCUGUCCGCGCUGCGGAAGGGCGCUGCAGGGUCGUGCACUGGUGAUGCACUUGAAGACCUGCGGCGUUCCAAGUCGUUCCAGGGGAGAUCCCUUUGCCAAGCCCGACCCUGCGCAGUCGUCGCAAUCGACUCCUACCCGAGGGUAUAGAGCGACAGGUGCAGACAACGGCGACUUUAUGGGCAAGGCUCAACAGCAGCCCUCACCGCCAAUACCUGCAAACCGACGGAAUAUGCCAGCCCAAGAGCGGCCUCCGUCACCACCAUUACCAACUCACAGCCGACGGACUGGACCGGCCCAAGAGCGGCCUCCGUCACCACCAUUACCAACUCACAGCCGACGGACUGGACCGGCCCAAGAGCGGCCCAUGUCACCACCUUUACCAACUGCAAGCCGGCAGAAUGGCCCGGUGCCGGCAGCUAGACCCGGCUCGCCAGCCCUUCCCGGAGCCGGUGCUCAGGCCAUGGGCUCGGCCUUUGGUGCUAUGCAGGACGAGGCCGAGGCCCCGCCGGACGAACGCAUGGCUCCCUGCCCCCACUGUGGUCGCACCUUCAGGAUUUCUAUUCUGGACAGGCACAUGGGCAUUUGCCAGAAGGUCUUCCAGGAGAAGCGGAAGGUGUUCAAUGCAGUCAAACAGGCUGUCCCAGUUGAGGCAGCGAAGGCGAAGAAAGCCCACGACAAGCAGGAGAAGAUGGAGAAGAUGGCACAGGGUCGAAAGGCCCCGCAGGACCGGCCCAUCAAGCCGGGUGCGCAAAUCCCGACCUGGAAGAAGCAAUCCGAAGCCUUCCGGCAGGCGGUGAGACAGGCACGUAUCGUGGACCAGCACGUAAAGGAUGGCAAGAGCUUGAGAAAUCUGCCUCCGCCACCGCCGACGGAUCCUUCAUUAGAUGAUCGGGUGCCUUGCCCUCAUUGCGGCCGCCGCUUCGGGUCCACCCAAGCUGAGCGGCACAUACCAUUCUGCAAGACAAGAUCUGCCAAGCAGAGGCGUUGA